ACCCCGCUUGCUUUGCCGGCUUUCACGCUUUGCUGUCGGAUCAAUCACUGGUCUCCGCCGUCUCAGCUGCCAGCAUGGCAGAUUCGAAGAGCGCCAAGCGUUCUCAGCCACCGUGGAAAUCGCCAGAAAAUUCAAGCGCACCGCGACUACGCCUGUACAACAGCCUUACGAGGUCGAAAGAGGUAUUUGUGCCGCAAGAUGCAAACCGCGUACUCUGGUACAGUUGCGGUCCAACCGUGUAUGACGCUUCCCACAUGGGCCAUGCCCGUUCUUACAUCAGCUUCGACAUCCUUCGUCGGGUACUUACGGACUACUUCGGCUACAACGUGUUUUACGUGAUGAACAUCACGGACAUCGACGACAAGAUUAUCAAGCGGGCUAGGCAAGAUCAUCUUUUCGCGAGCUACCGCAGCAAGCUAGAGCGGCCACCCAGUACACUUCACAGUGACGUGAAGGCGGCUAUCGAACGGUACAAAGCGAAACUUGAAAAAGAGGAUGACCCCGACAAGCGAGUCAUGUGUUCACGCCUACUGGAUCAGUCGCUGCAAGCUCUUGACGUUUUCGAAAAAUCUUUAAAUGACGGCUGCGGAGAACGUGAGGCGCAGGCGCUUCUUGACAACGCCAAGGAUCCUGUGUCCGAAUGGUUAGACUCAAAAAUGGGCGCGACUGUCUCGGAUCACUCCAUCUUCGCUAAAUUAGCCAAACACUGGGAGGAAGCGUUCUACAAGGACAUGGCAGCGCUUGCAGUGCGUCCGCCCGACGUCGUGACGCGUGUGAGUGAAUACGUUCCUGAGAUUGUUGACUACGUCACGAAAAUCGUCGACCGUGGUUUCGCCUACGUCUCAAACGGCUCCGUGUACUUCGACACUGCUCGCUUCGACGCCGACCCGAAACAUUUCUACGCGAAGCUCGUGCCCGAGGCGUACGGCGACCAGAAGGCGUUGAAAGAAGGUGAAGGGGCGCUUAACGUGGCCGGCGACGACGAAAAAAGGAGCGCCAACGACUUUGCGCUUUGGAAGGCUUCCAAACCGGGCGAACCGGCAUGGGAUUCGCCUUGGGGCCCUGGCAGGCCCGGCUGGCACAUCGAGUGUUCGGUGAUGGCAGGUAGCCUGUUGGGUUCGUCGCUGGACAUCCACACCGGUGGAUACGACCUCAAGUUUCCACACCAUGACAACGAGCUAGCCCAGGCCGAAGCUUACUUUGGCAAUGACCAUUGGGUUCGUUACUUUUUGCAUUCUGGGCACCUGACCAUCGCUGGCUGCAAAAUGUCCAAGUCACUCAAAAACUUUGUCAGCAUUCAUGAUGCAUUAAGUCGACACUCUGCACGAAGGUUGCGCAUGGCAUUUCUCCUUCAUUCCUGGAAGGACACACUGGACUACAGUGAGAGCACUAUGGACAUGGCCUCACAGUGGGAGAAGGUGUUUAGUGAGUUCUUUUUGAACAUCAAGGAUCUUCUACGGGGUGCACCGGGAGCUGACAGCAUUCAUGCUUUUGUGAAGUGGUCAGAAGAGGAAGUAGUGCUGAACAACAAAUUCCUCACAGCCAAGGAUGGUGUGCAUGCUGCACUGUGUGACAAUAUUGACACCAGGACCGCUCUGGAAGCCCUGCGCUCAGCUGUAACUGCCUGCAACGUGUACAUCAGAGGCAAACUGGAAUCGAAGAAAUCUCCUGACGUUACGCUGCUUCGCAAUAUUGCAGGAUACGUUACGCACAUCUUGCAAGUGUUUGGAGUUGCUAAUGAAAGCGUGAUUCCUGCUAUUGGAUUUGGAGCGGGCGAUGGCAAAGAGUUGAAUUUGCCUCACGAAAAGCUUUUACAGCCUUACCUAGAAGUUCUCUCUGCAUUUCGGCAGAAUGUACGUAGCAUUGCAAAGAAGUUUACAGGCUCUAAUGAAGGUGAUGAAGUUCUUCAGUGGUGUGACCACCUGAGAGAUAACAUGCUUCCUGAAUUGGGAGUGCGUUUGGAAGAUCGUGAGGAUGAGAAUGGGGCCUUGACAUCAGUUAUCAAAGUUGUAGGUAGGGAGGCCAUCAUGGCAGAGAGGGAAGAGAAGAAGAGGAAAGAAGAGAAGAAAAAGGAAGAGAAAGAAAGGAGAAAGCGGGAGAUGGAACUCAAGCAAGCAGAACGCGACAUGCAACGAGCCAUCAACCCGAAGGAAAUGUUCCUAAAAGAAACAGACAAGUACAGCCAGUUCGACCCGGAGACUGGCUUGCCUACCCAUGAUGCACAAGGAAAAGAGUUGAGCAAGGGGCAGCUCAAGAAGGUGAAAAAGCUACAGGAAGCACAAGAGAAGAAGUAUGAGAAGUACCUUGCAGAGAUGAAAGAACCUGUUAGUUAGAACAGUGUGGAAGCCACGAGUCACAUUCCGUGAGACAUGUGGCUGUGAGGAGAAAACACAUGCUAGGAGAUGCUUUCACUUUACUUCUUCUGCAUUUGUGAAUUUCAUCAGUUGCUAUAAUUGCAUGCUUUCAUAUAAUUGGAGAAUGUUGAGAUUUAUAUUUCAACCAAUAUCCUGGCAUUCAAGAAGAUUUGCAAUUUGUAUGUGUGGCUUAUUUCAAUUGAAGCUUUUUCAGAUAAUGUGCUAUAAUAAUAAUGAUGGCAAAGAUGCUCUUGAAUGUCGUUCUCGAAUAUAUGAUGUAUUUAGGUCUCUAAAGUUGAUUCUGUUUCCUCUAUGCCAAGAACACGUUGCACAGAAUGGCAUAUCUUGAAGUUUUAUAACGCACAAGCUUGUAUUAAUCACUUCACUGGUCCGCUGUAUGAGUAGUGUUGAUCUGUGAAUGGGUGUUGAAUUUAUUGCCAUUUGGUUGUUCUGCUGUACAGCUACAAAUUUUUUUUUUCGUUUUGAACAAUACCCUAAUGAGCAACCGUCAUUGUUUGUUUCCUUUUAUUGCCAUUUGCUCAUUCAGUAAUUCAUAUUUUUUAAUGUUUCUAACCAUUGAAAUAAAUUUGGUGAGGAUGAUGAUAACAA